UUCCCCAAGACACGCUUCUCAACGCUUGAGAUCGCAGUCUGACAUCACGCUGGACACGGCCAGCAACCUCUAUACCGCCAUGACGACCAUGGCGAUGCCCAUGGCUAUCGAUACGGCGCCUGCAGCGACCCCGCGGAAGCGUAGACGAAGAACCGCAGCAAGUGGUGCGACGGAUGACUGCUUUUCGUGCAGAAGACGCUGUGUUCCCUGCGAUCGCAAACGACCUUAUUGCUCUCAAUGCAUCCAGAUUGGAAAAGAAUGCUCCGGAUACAAGACGACGUUGACCUGGGGUGUGGGUGUUGCAAGUCGAGGCAAGCUGCGGGGGUUGUCAUGUCCCAUCGCCGGGAAGAAUGCCGAAUCUGGCGAGAGUUCGGAUGAGCAGCGUACAAGGAGGAAGAGCUCGAUCAGCAAGGUCAAACAGGAGAACUCGACCGACUUUACACCUCGCUCGAAUUCCAUGUUCCAGGUACAAUUCUCUCCUCCGACGUCCGCACCCAUUAGCAGCACAUCAGCUCCGAGCUUUCAGCCGACAUUACCUACGAUACAAGCACGCCAGCAGGGAUGGCAGAUUCCCAACUAUCAGGACCGCCUCCAGUCAUCACCCAACGACUCUCACGUUCGACCCUCUCCGCUCCGCCAUCAUUCGCUGCAACACAUCCUCACUACAUUUGGACCUCAACAAGAUGCCUCCGGUCGACCUCGAUCCUCAUCGUCGCUUGACUCUCCCUUCGAUGAGCAGCUCAAUUCGCCUUUGGAAUAUUCAGGAUCGGCAGCCUUCAAUGAGCCAUUUCCUUCAUAUUUACCAAUGUCCUACCCCCAUCACGCAAUAAGCCACUCUGUUGAGAGCAUAAAUUGCCCGCAAUUGGACUCCUACCACGAUGGACUGAGCUCGAGUGUUGAUUCAUUACGGAGCAUCGGAUCGUUUCCGGAUGAGAUGGACUCUUUCAAUGCCGGAACUAUGAGCCACGAUGAGAUGCUGUUCAGUCCCGAUCUGGAUGCCUCAUACAACUUCAAUCCAUUUGACCAGCUCGAAUUUCAGGAUGAGAACCAGAAUCACAACGAGCAAAAGCAGCUCAACAUUUUCGACCCUCGAUUCAGCACUCCAUUCUUCAACAUGUCGCCAAGAUUGCAGUCUUUGAUGGAGUAUUACGACCGACACGUAUGCACAUACCUCGUCGCAUUCGAUGGGCCGGAGAAUCCCUACCGAAGACACAUUCUCCAGCUCGCCGUCAACAACGAGUGUCUGCAAAACGCCAUUGCAGCACUGGCUACUAACAACAUCCGAAUGAGGAAGGAGCCACCACCGAGACGACUUGGCUUCGUGGAAGAACUCACGGAUGCGUUUGACAACGUCAAGGCACGAGACUGGAACGAAGCCACACCGGAGGAGACAUGCUACAAGCAAAUGUCCAUCGAUCAGUUGAACAUGCAACUCACCGACGUACGCGCUGCUCAAGAUGACUCGGUGCUGGCCACUCUGCUCAUCCUCUGCCUUUUCCACGUCUGCGACUCGGGCUUCAGCAAGUUCAAGACUCAACUCGCCGGCGUGCAAAAGUUGCUGUCUCUCCGAGACCCCACGACCGAAUCCGACUUCACCGGCUGGGUGAGGAUGUUUUUCAUCUGGUUCGACGUCAUGACCAGCGCCGUCAAUGACCGCGAAACGCAGAUCAAAGGCGAAUCGCUAGACAUGCUGGACUACUCCGCCAACCUCGGCGCUCUCGAACAAUUCUCCGGCUGCGACGGCCGUCUCUUCAAACUCAUCGCUCGCCUCGGUCGCCUCAACCUCCUCGCUCAAGGCCGUCCCGUCCGUCAAGACGCCACGUACCGCUCGACCACGACCGCCUUCCCCAUUCGACCGACCUUGCCCAAACGCGGCUCCACCAACAACACCGUCAUCGACUUCUCCAACCUCGACAACAACGCCAACAACUGGGGCAGUCCCACCUACUCCGACUCCAACUCCACCGUGUGCAGCGCCGAAGAAGAAAUCCUCACUCCCGGCGCCAUGCCCGACGACCGCCACGAAUUCUGGACCGAAUGGCACGACAUCCGCGCUCGACUCCACGCCUGGCAAAUGGAGACUCCGACCACCACCUCCUUUCCCUCCUGCGACGCCAACGCUUCUCAACCUCAACCUCAUCACCGUUCCACCUCUCCACCCGAACUCGCCGUCGGCCAACGCGACCUCCUCCACAUCAACGAGUCUUUCCGCUACUCCGCUCUGCUCUACACCGAACGUCUCGGCCACCCCUUCCUCCCAUCCUCCCACCCCAACUUCCAGAAAUACGUCAACUCCGCCUUGUCGCACAUCUCCGCGCUGGAAAUCACCUCGUGCGUCAACAAAUUCCUCCUCUGGCCAUUAUUCAUCACGGGCACCGAGUGCGUCGAUGAAGGCCACCGGAACAUCAUUCGCACGCGAUGCGUGGAGGUACAAAUCGAGAGUGGAUUUUACAACAACUUGUCGAGUUUGGAGGUGUUGGAGAGGGUGUGGGCGGAGGUGGGACCGAAUGUGCCUGGCAUGGAGCAGGCGGAGGUGAAUGCGAGGAGGAGGGAUAGUACCACGCCGAGGACGGGGUUGGGAAGGUAUGGGUGUGCGUUUCGGUGGAGGAAGGCGAUGGAUCGGGUUGAUGGGGAGUAUAUUGUGAUUUGA